AUGGAAAAGAACCAACCCUCGUCAGGGGGCGCUCAGUCCGGCGUUGACAAGCUGAAGGUCGACGGGUCAAUCAUGCGUGAUGUUGAUUUUGGUGAAGUACUUCAGGUUGAAACCUCGCCGGAGCUAGACAAAAAAGUCCUCAGAAAAUUGGACUUGUUUUUAAUACCUCUCAUGGGGGGUUGCUACAUGCUGCAAUACAUUGACAAGCUGGCAAUCAGCCAGGCAACACUUUUCAACCUUCGACAAGACUUGAAUCUGAAAGGGAAUGAAUAUAAUUGGGCGUCGGCAAUCUUCUAUUUUGGCUAUUUUGCGUGGAGCUGGCCUAGCUCCUAUCUAGUUGUCAGGCUUCCCUUAGGAAAAUAUCUUGGUGUUGCGGCAUGCGUAUGGGGAGCGUGUCUUAUGGUGCACGCUGCAUGCAUCAACUGGGGAGGCCUCAUGGCAGCUCGGUUCUUCCUUGGAGUUGGAGAAGCAUCCAUUGCCCCUGGCUUUGCGCUUAUCACUGGAAUGUUUUAUACCAGAGAGGAACAGCCAGCUCGACAAGCCGCCUGGUUCUGUGGCAAUUCAAUUGCUGUCCUUCUUGGCGGACUGAUUGCGUACGGCAUUGGAAACAUUCAUGUGACAGCAAUUGCUCAAUGGCAAUUGCUGUUCCUCAUUCUCGGAGCCAUCACCUCAGCAUAUGGGAUUCUCUUAUUCCUCACUCUACCCGACUCACCUGCCAAAGCCAUCUUCCUCAAACCGACCGAACGAGCCGUCGCCGUGCAAAGAACAUUGAAAAACAAGACUGGAGUCAUGGAUCAAGGAAAUUUCAAAUGGAACCAGGUCUGGAUGGCCGUUAAAGAUCCCCAGAUGUGGUUUUUGGUCUUAUAUACCCUCUGCGUCAACUUCUGCAAUGGUGGUUUGACCAGUUUCUCUGCCAUCAUCAUCACAGGCUUUGGAUUUCCUCACCUCGAGGCUCUUCUCAUUCAGAUGCCCAUUGGCGGUGCACAGCUUGUCUUCCUCCUGCUUACUUCGGGUGUUGCCUCGUUCGUUCCAAAGACUCGUAUCCUCAUGAUGAUCUUCAAUACUGCAGUUUCGAUGGUUGGGAUGCUACUGAUCUGGAAGCUUGGUGAUGAUAAUCGAGCAGGCAAGAUGACUGGACUUUGCCUGGGGGGUGUCUUUGCGGCCAACAUUCCGUUGUCGCUCAGUCUGAUUAGCUCGAAUGUUGCUGGGUUUACAAAGAAGAGUACAGUCAGUGCUGUCAUGUUUGCAGCAUACUGUAUUGGCAACAUUGUUGGGCCGCAGUUCUUCAUUCCUUCCGAGGAACCUUCCUAUAUGACUGGCAUCAAAGCUUCAAUGGCGGGCCUGGCAUUUGGUAUUUUCUUCCUGAUCUGCCUUUAUGUCUUUUACAUAUUUGAAAAUCGCCGCCGAGAUCGGCUGUAUGGAUCCCCAAGGGAAAUGACGGAAAGUGAAGAACUACAGGAUGAGAUAUCCAACAAGACCGACCACGAGAUUGAAAGUUUCCGAUAUAUGCUCUGA